UAAUUGAAUUUUAUGCGUCCUUGAUGAUGUAAAACUCAGUUUUUUUUUUCUUUAAGUAUGAAAUGGGUAUUCAAUUGGAAAUUUUUCGUUGAUGCUCUCCAAGUGCCCCACUUGCCUUUUGACUUGCUACUCAAGUUUCAAACUGAAGCCCUGCCCCAACAAUAGGAUGGAGAAACCUAGGCUUUGCAGGAUUCUUUUGCCUUUUUGAAAUACGAUUUUGAAUAUGUUUGUUCCUAACUAAACUGAAAAUGCCCUAACUUUGAAACUAAACCUUGAUCCCCCCUUGUUUUGAAGCUGGGUAUUGAUAAUUUUUUGGAAUAGUUUUUUUGGUAUUAGGGUCCCCAUUUUAGAGUUUUUACUGUGCUGAAGUACUUAAUUUAUGAAAUGAAGGGUCUAUACUGAGGCACGAUUUAUUUAGUUUGAAGUUUCUCAGCAGUCCUAGUUUUGUUUGCCUCUAAGAAGAGAAGUUGCGUGAGGCAAGUAGUAAAUGUAGAACCAGAAUGGUAGCGAACUUUGGUUGUUUGCAUUUCAAUAUCCUUAAUUAGUGACUUCGGUUACUGAGAUACAAUUCAUCUGAGCUAUCACUCAUCUUGAUUACUGUAUAAAAAAACUGUUUAUUAACUAACUAUCAUGUCAAUUGGUAAUAGUGUUGUUGACAUAUUGAUACAUAUAUAAUGCUCCUCUACUCCAAUAUAUUAGUUACUUUCUAAAGAUAUAAUCUAGUUCAUUUUAUAAGUCAUGAUAGAAUUAUUUUGUUUUAAAUUACCUUUAAAAAUUAAGAAAGAGAAAGACAGAAAAAAUAAUAUUAUAUUAUUUGUUUGCUCCUUACUUUUUACUUAAUAGUUAUAUGUUAAAUUUCACUUACUUUUAUUUUUUAUACUUUUAUUGUAUUGAUAUUGAUGAGAUUGAUAGAAAUAAUUUAUAAAUAAAACUGCAUAAAAUAUAAUUUUGUUCCCAGACAUUACUCGUGUUUUAUGAGCAUGCCCAUUGGUUCGUGGGACGUCACUUACUCACGUGGGGUGUUAUGUUACUGUAGGCAAAUGAGUGCAUGUAAGCAGUAAGAAUACGCAAGUUUGUCUCUUACCUUAUUGUAAUUGUCGAUAUUUAGUAACAGCUCUUUCAGUUGCCCCCAAGAAAAAAACUGUGUCCAUGUUUUAUUGUGUUCUUUAAAAUUUUAUGCAUUUAAAACAUUUAAAUGAUUAAAGCAAAGGGAAAAAAAAACUAAGAAUAAAUUCUGGCAUACAGAAAAAAGGUCACCAAUUCAGUAUAAGAAAUCAAAUGUGAUAGAGUAGAUCAUCAUGUUAUAUUGAAGAACAAGCUAUUUGAGUUGUAUGGACAAUUAAUUUAUUUAAAAAUUAAACGUGUUUCUAGUUUUUUACCAAACUUGUCCAUUAAUUUUAAAAAAUAUAUGAUAAUUUGAAGUAUUAAUAUUAAAUAAAUACAAAAAUUAAUCGUUAUUUUUAAAAAUACUAAAUUUAUUAUCAAUUUCUAAGAAUUAUAUAUAAUGAACAGUAUAUAAGUUUUCUCCUUGCUUUUCGGUCUAAGGUACAGUGAGAACACCUUUACCGAUGAUCGAAACGUGAAUAGAUCUGUGUAUGAAGAUGACAGCACAAGUGUGGUUCUUAUUAUGUUGAAUUAGGAAACGAGAAUUGGCCACGUCUCUGGUUUUGCUUUGGAUAUAUACAUAUAAUAUCGGACUUCUAUUAGGUGUGUUGUUGGAAUUUGAACAUCUGUUGGGGCAAUUUCGGAAUUAUGCAUUGGCGGGGCGAGCAACUUAUGUCCAUUUACAUGCCCGAGUUGCAUAUUCCCUUCAACCCAUUGAUUCACCUUUUUUUUCCCGCAAGACCCAUUGACUCGCCUAAUCCAGCAGCUUUCAUAUAUGAACAAAAAGCAGCCACAGUUAAAUCUGAUUAUUCUCAGACUUCUUGAAAUUUUGAAAGAACCCACCAUGUCAUCACCAAGUGGAAUCGUUUGGAGCUAUGAAGAAGAAAAGGCGUUUGAGAAUGCCAUCGCAAUGCAUUGGGAUGAAGAAGACUCAACAGAACAAUGGGAGGAGAUUGCUUCAGCUGUUCCCAGCAAAAGCAUGGAGGAAUUGAAGCAACAUUACCAAUGGUUAUUAGAAGAUGUAAGUGCAAUAGAGGCAGGCAAUAUUCCACUUCCCAACUAUACUGGUGUGGAAGAAGCCACUUCUUCAAGUAAGGAAUUGCAUGCUUCUUCUUCCAAGGCUUCCACCUCAGAAAAGAAAUCCAAUUGCAAUUUCAGAACUGGGUUUUCUGGGUUGGGACAUGACUCAUCUGGCCAUACUGGUAAAGGAGGUUCUUCAAGAUCUUCAGAACAAGAAAGGCGAAAAGGGAUUCCCUGGACAGAAGAAGAGCAUAGGCUAUUUCUACUUGGUCUUGAUAAAUUUGGAAAGGGAGAUUGGAGGAGCAUAUCAAGGAACUUUGUGAUGUCAAGAACCCCAACUCAAGUGGCAAGCCAUGCACAGAAGUACUUCAUUAGGCUGAACUCCAUGAACAGAGAUAGGAGGAGGUCAAGCAUCCAUGACAUAACAAGUGUGAACAAUGGGGAUGUGGCCACUAACCAGGCACCAAUAACAGGGCAGCACACAAACACAAACCCAUCAAGCACAAUGGGUGCAGGACAAUCUGCAAAGCAUAGGGCUCAUCAACCCCAUAUAGCUGCAGGUAUAGGGAUGUAUGGAGCACCAGUAGGGCACCCGGUGGCUGCUCCUCCAGGGCAUAUGCCUUCGGCUGUAGGGACUCCUGUCCUGAUGCCUCCUGGACCCCAUCCUCAUCCUCAUCCUCCUUAUGUUGUUCCAAUGGCUUACCCUAUGGCAUCUCCAACAAUGCACAGAUGACUAUGCUUGGAUUUCUGGUUAGUUUUCAGUAUGCACUCAGAAGAGGAGCAGUUCCUCCUUCAUGUGGAAUGAAUCUAAUGGCUGUUGUAGUUUAAAUUCUAAUUUAGUCGAAUUUUGGUAAAAUCAUUAGUACCGUGAGAGUUCACAAGUAGUAGACUCUGUUUAAAGUGUCUUGCCCCUUCCCCCGUUAUACUGCAAGAAUAUGACAUGGUGUACAUGGUUUUGGAAAUAAAUUCAUUGUAAACACCAACGAAUCAAAGCAAAUAAAUUUAUCUACUUCUGGGCACAA